AUGUUUCUUACCAGGAGAAAAAGAUCAAACACCAUUAGUAUAGGAUCAACUAAAAAAAUUAAUAACAAUGGAAGUGAUGAAAUCAAAUGUCAUCAUCAUAUUCCAUCAUCUUCUUCCAACUCUUUGGAAAAAGUUGGAAUAUUAAGAUCCUCGAUUUCUCAAGUUGAGAAAUCAAAGAAACCAAUCACUGAUAUAUCAUGCAGCCAAAAUCAACAACAAGAAGGUGCCACCGAGGUAUACUUUUUAGACUCUUCUAAAAAUAAUAGCGAAAAUAAUAACAUUGAAAAUAUUAAAAAUAAUACUACCACUAAUAAUAAUAAUAACAAAAAUAAUAAUUAUAUUAAUACAAACAAUAACAAGAAUAAUAAUUUAACAAAAAAUAAUAAUAAUAAUAAUAAUAAUAAUGAUUCACAAUAUUCCAAACAAUCUCAAAACAAGAUGAUUAGACAUUUAAUCAAGAAAUUAACAUUCUUUACACACAAAAAGAAAGAAUCUGACCCAAGAGUACAAGAGUUCCUUAGAAUGAUAGAGACACAUAAAGAAUUUUUCAAAAGAGCACCCGAAUUUGACAAGUAUAUUCUAACACUUGCCUAUGUUCUUUUGAAUAGAGCUUAUCCAGAGGCUGUAAUUUCAACUGAACUAUUUUUCCAUACUCUUUAUUUGGCAUGGGAAACUGAAGAAGAUUCAACAUUGGGAUUGGAAAGUAUUAUUCAUUAUGUAAUUGGUAGUUAUCCCUCACGAAACAAAGAAAAGAAUCAAAGAAAACAAGAGAUUCAAGAGUGGAGAAUGAGAUUAAGAAAUUUCCACACCGGUAAAGACAUUCUAUGGAGAGACUUGGAUUUUAGAACAAUGGUCGAAUUCCCACAAUUAUCAAAGAUUUCAAAAUCUUUUGAUUUCCUCAACAGAGAUAGAACAUAUUCACAGUCAAUUAAAUUCUUUUAA